UAAAGCUGUAAUCAGCCAUAACAUUGGAGAUGAGUGCAUAGAAAGUAUGAAAGAAAAUAACCACCAAAACCACUGACAAGCAUUUUAUAGCAACCGUGCUGUGUCAUCGUGCGUAUCCAACUUUAUAAUUAGGUUGAACUACCGUAAACACGAAAACUGAACUUCGCCCAGUCGUCCACGCCUGCAGAAACAGCAAUCGCUGAGAGCAGAGUAAGAAGUUCGCAAAAUAUCUCAUUCUAUCUGCAAAAGGUUGAAACACUGUCACUGUGGACUCGCAACAAUGGAGAUCUCGUUUGCAGGCAAACAGGCUCUGGUCACGGGAGCAGGAAAGGGCAUCGGUCGGGCAACCGUGUUGGCGUUGGCACGUUGCGGGGCAGAGGUUACGGCUGUCACACGCACUCAAGCUGACCUAAACAGCCUCGUGCUCGAAUGUCCAUCUGUCAGACCCGUGUGUGUGGACCUGUCCGACUGGGAGGCCACGGAGGCGGCUCUGAAAGAUGUCGGGCCCGUGGACCUGCUGGUGAACAAUGCCGCGUACGCCUCACUGCAGCCUUUUCUUGAGGUCACGCCGGAGCAGUUUGACAUGUCUUUCAACAUCAAUGUGAAGGCUGCUCUUCAUGUUGCCCAGAUAGUCGCUCGUGGCCUGAAGGCGCGGGGCAGCGGGGGCUCCAUUGUGAACAUCUCCAGCCAGGCGUCCCAGUGUGCACUGCGGGACCACGCCGUCUACUGUGCAACCAAAGGCGCUUUGGAUAUGCUUACAAAAACGAUGGCCCUGGAACUAGGACCUUAUCAGAUCCGCGUGAAUUCCGUCAACCCGACGGUCGUCAUGACGGAUAUGGGCCGGAUCGGCUGGAGUGACCCGGAGAAGGCCGAGGCCAUGACCUCACGGAUCCCGCUCGGCAGAUUUGCAGAGGUGGAGGACGUUGUGAACUCCAUCCUCUUCCUCCUCAGUGACAAGAGCGCGAUGACCAAUGGCGUGACUCUGCCGGUGGACGGAGGCUUCCUGGCCUGCUGACCUCAUAUCCUGUCUGGGAUGUAGUGGUUCCUGCGGUCCGGAUGGAGUGGACGUGAUUUCAUGGAUGGUUCAUGUCCACUGAAGAAAUCUUCGACUGCACAUCUGACACGUGUGCUCAAUUCAUAUGCUACUGAUACAAUUUGUUACUGACACAAUAUGCUGUGCUGGUCUGAUUUAAGUCACCCAUGGUAUGAUAGUAAUGUUGAUACUGUUGAUGUGAUUGAUAGUUGAUAGUUAUGUUUAAUUUUGUAAUAGGCCUACAUUUUUACCCACGUUAAGAUCUUUGUUGCACUGCCCAUGCAAUGCCUUAAUGCCUUAAAUAGGCUACACAUCAUCUUAUGCCUUAAACAUAUUUCAAUUAAUUAACAUUCCACCUAUUAGCAUGACUACCCCCUGUGAACUGAGAAUAAUCCUGUGUCCAGCCUGGUGUGAAAUAAAGCCAUAGUAAGCGA